AUGGAAAUCCCGAAAAAGGAGGUUUUAGAGAAUUAUGAAAAUGGCUAUGGCCAUAGUAGUAUGAACGGCACAUUGAAGACUCCUAUUCAGCCCAAAAUCGAGAAUUCCGAAAGUUCUUUUAAUUUUGUCGAAUUGGGUUGUAUCCGGACAAGGAAUAAAGUCAUCUGCUGUGACUUCUCUUCUGAUGGGAAAUUUUUGGCUAGUGCUGGACAUGAUAAGAAGACUGUAAUUUGGAAUAUGGAGACCCUGCAAACAGACACCACCCCUGAAGAAAACCAGUAUGUGAUCACAGAUGUCAGGUUCAGACCUAACUCAACUCAGUUCGCAACUGCUUCAUUUGACAAGUCUAUCCGACUAUGGGAUGCAGCAAAGCCUGGGCAUUGUUUGCACGCAUACACAGCACACCCUUCACAAAUUUUGUCCUUGGAUUUCCACCCGAAAAAGAAUGAUGUGUUCUGUUUCUCUGACGCUAGCGAUGAAGUUCGUUAUUGGGACAUUAAUCCAUUAUCUUGUGCUCGGCUGUCCAAGCAAGCUGGCAGUGCGCACGUGAGAUUUCAACCAAUUACCGGCAAGCUACUUGCAGCAGCCUCGGAUGAAAUGGUGACAGUCUAUGAUGUUGAAAACGACCGGGAAUCCCAUUCUUUCCAGGGGCAUUCUGGUUUAAUUAAUUACUUGUCCUGGGAUCAUAAUGGUGAUUAUUUGGCAUCAGUGAGCGAAGAUUCUGCAAGAGUUUGGUCACUAGCCUCAGGGGAAUGUAUUCAUGAGCUCCGCUCCAAUGGGGAUCGUUUCCAUUCUUGCCUUUUCCAUCCAAAUCAUUCUGGUCUUUUGGUGAUUGGAGGAGAGCGGAAUUUGGCGCUCUGGAACAUGGUUGAGCACAAACGUAUUACUCUGGCAGCUCAUGAGAGAAUCAUUGCUGCUGUGGCAAAUUCAGCUGUUACAGGAAUGAUUGCUUCGGCAAGUCAUGACUUCUCUGUCAAGUUAUGGAAAUAA